ACUUUACACGAUGCUCUUUAAACGAUCUCCUUAGAAUAUAUAUAUUUUUCAAUAUUUAUAAAAUAAUGUGAUAGUUCAAUAGAAGUUCUUAUCUAAAGGACCUUCUUUGCUGUUAUAUCAACCUUGUUGCCAGUAGGUUCUAGUUCAUGUUUACUUAUUUAUCUGCCUGUGGGUUGUCUGAUUGGUUUGUCUGCACCCCGUUGGAAACACCACCUGGGUUCUUAAGGAAAAGCAGAUCAGUUUGCGCUCAACAGAGUUUGCAGAAAAAUCCACUCCUCUGGCUCAACUGUGAAAAGACACAUGCUCUUCGGUCUUUUUAUUUUUUAUUUUUCCUGCGAAUGUUUGCUCUCAUGGCAGGAAUCUCCUGAAUGGACAUCAACAACAAUCUUUUUUAAGUUCUUGCAACAAUACUUGGCUCAGCUUGUGUGGAGACUUUGACUCCACCGACUCCCUAAAUGCCUUUCUCUGAGAAAAGGUGGUGGACAUUAUUUGCUUUGAAUGUGUACAAGCAACAAAUUACUUGAUAAAGAUGGGUAAUAAGCAAACAAUAUUCACAGAUGAGCAACUUGAUGCUUAUCAGGACUGCACAUUUUUCACUCGCAAAGAGAUUUUGCGGUUACACAGCAGAUAUCAUGAGUUGGCUCCACAUCUUGUACCAAUGGACUACACCAAUGAACCGGAUUGUAAACUGCCUUUAGCGCUGAUUGUUGACAUGCCAGAAUUAAAGGAAAACCCAUUCCGCAAUCGGAUUGUGGAGUCAUUCUCCGAGGAUGGGAUGGGGAACCUCAGUUUCAAUGAAUUUGUAGAUAUGUUCUCAGUCCUCAGUGAAAUGGCUCCAAGAGAACUUAAAGCCAUAUAUGCCUUUAAGAUAUAUGAUUACAACGUGGAUAACUACCUGUGCAAGGAGGAUCUUGAGAAGACUUUAAAUAAGCUGACAAAGGAGGAGCUGACUCCUGAGGAGGUUGAAUUGGUGUGUGUGAAAGCCAUUGAGGAGGCAGAUUUGGAUGGAGACAAUAAACUCUCCUACGCUGACUUUGAAAACAUGAUAACCAGGGCUCCAGAUUUUUUAAGCACUUUUCAUAUUCGUAUCUGAGAUGGAUGGUUUGACCGUUUUGAUGUCAGCAGCUUCAUAAACCUGGGGACUGAACCAGAGCUAUCCCUGCCACAUCACUACUCUGAUCUUCAGUUAUACAUAAACUUUUCUUGAUGUGGCCUUAUCUGAAGAAAACCUGAAAUCCCAAACUUAGGGUACCAGUAAACAGUUGCAUCAAAAUCAAAUCAAAAGUGCUUUACAUCAUAUCAAACACAGAAACACAAAGUCAUCAAGUGGGGGGUUCUUGCUUUUUCAUCCAUAAAAGAUUUGCCGGUUACACUCCUACUGUGUUACAUGGAACGAAAAGCCUAUUGGUAUUUUUAUUCCCACUCACGCUCGCAAUCACGCGGUUUAAAACGAUGUAAACAGCCUUUCAACGGGCUUCCGGCUCGAGGCUCUGUACACCUCUGUCCCGGAAUUUUGCUCUGGGACUCCAUCGUCCCUCACGGAUUUUUGUGCAUUUGUAACAUAGAAUCAACAAUGAAGACAUGACACUAAGUCAAGUUUCAUCAUUACAUUUGUAAUUGAUUAUGUUUCAAAUACAAUCCUAGACAGGUGAGCUUUAAAGGAAGUCAGUUGUACUGACUGUUUUACAGUUUUUCGCAAGUUUGUUCCAAAUUUGUGGUGCAUAGAUGCUGAAUG